AUGCGCCUAACCCGUCCUUCAGUCCUUGCAGGCAGUUCUUCCAUCUCAUACCAGCGCCUGUACUCUUCUUCUCGCAUAAUCAGAGAGAACGACGUCCUGUUUCUGCGACAAAAGGGCACCAGAGGUCCUAAAUGGCGUCUUACAUCCCCUCUUCGCCCUGAUGGUCGUAUACGUCUUGGAUAUGGAGCUACCAUCAAUGCGUCUGAUCUUAUCGGUCGCCGUCUGCUUGACAGUGUAGUUGACAGUUCCGACCGUAAAGUCGAUAUACAUGAACCGACCAUGGGCGCCUAUAUCCUUAACAGCGAACGAAUGGCUACACCGAUUUACCCCCAUCAUGCAAGUUUCAUCGUGUCGCUACUCGACUUGAACCUUUCUCAGCCCAGCGAAGAAGACUACGAUCCAGAGACUAAGGAACCACCUCCACCGCUCGAGAUAUUCGAAGCCGGUACAGGAAUGGGGAGCCUGACACUAUACCUAGCUCGUGCCCUAAAUGCAGCCAAUCCAGCCGUACCUCCCAUACUACGAGACGCUCUCUGCACUGCACGCUACAAAUCUCAAGAUCACAGCCUUGAGUUAUCCGACGAAGUUCAAGCUGCCUUCGAUGCCUAUCGCUCGAGUCGCCGUGCCGUCCUUCACACUCUUGAUCAAAACGCGAAACACUCAGGCGGUGCAAACAAGCUAGUACGCCAAUUUCGACGCUCUCUAUACUAUCCUACUGUGGAUUUUCAUGUCGGCUCUAUUGGCGACUACGUUGCAUCUCGUCUUGCCGAGACGGACGAAAAGCCUAUAUUCUCUCACGCAAUUCUUGACCUUCCCUCAGUCGAGGACUACGCAUCACCGGUCAUCCAAGCUCUUCACCCCAAUGGUCUGCUUGUCGUCUUUGCGCCUUCCAUAAGCCAGAUCGCCCGGUUCCAAGCAUGGAUCUCAAAAACGAAACAACCUUUGCGCCAGGAGAGGGUUAUUGAACUCGACGUAUCAACGACAGCGGACGGUGUGCUUGAUACUGGUGGCGGUAAAGAAUGGGAUGUCAAGACUGUUGUUCCAAGAUCAGAUCCUGAAGCAAUCCCUGUUCAAGUAAUGCGACCCAAGGUCGGUGAUCGCCUCUCUGGCGGUGGGUUUAUAGGUGUUUACAGGCGAUGGCCCAACGAGGAGGCGAUCACCCAAGUUGAGUCUGCUGGUGAAGAGAUUAUUUCUGAUACAGAAGGAAAAGUUGAUUCUAGCGAGGACAUUGUUUCUGAUACUGAAGAAACAAUCGAUUCUGAAAAGACAGCCGAGAUCGAGUCGACAAAGACCGAAUGA